UUUGAGUGCAGUAUCCUCAGUUGGCCUCUGUUCUUUAGAGGCGCCUGUGAUGCGCUAAGACGUUUGUCCGCUGCUCGACGGCGACUCAUAACAUUCUUUACCGUUUCAGUUCGACCUCAAGACCCCAGGUAGUCAUCGUACCGACGAAGAAAAACAUCGGGACGGUUCAGUGUGUGGACCCCACGGAUGCUCAAAAUCUGUCUUUGCUUUCUUACGAACUUGGACACCAUGAGUUUGGUAACCUAAGUCCCUAGAAACUUGAUGUGACUGUGCUGCGGCAGGAGUCGCCUUCUCUACCUCCGAUCCUCCGUGCCUCACUGCAUGACUUCAGAUGACAGAUAAACGUUUGCGGAGAAACCUCAUCCUCACCCUGGAUCCCCCUCUUCUUGUGGACUCCUGACGACGCACAGAGUUUUCCUUGACGUUCCUCCAUCAGCUCAGCACCAGUUUGGCACCUCCACCUGGACCAGUGGAGGUGUGGAGGACCUGCCCUACGUCUACCCUUCCAAAGAAUACCCUUUAUUUCCCUCUUGGUUGGUUUGAGUCCGGUUCUGCCGGCCGUGUGAGUUUUCAAAGCUGGGGCGUGAUUCAUGGGAUGCAACCAUGUCGGGUCUCAAUGAGCGCAGGCCGGUCAACACGGACUACGCUGUCUCCCUGCUGGAGCAGCUGAAGUUCUUUUAUGAACAGAAAUUACUGACGGAUGUGGUGCUGCUGGUGGAAGACACAGAGUUCCCGUGUCACAAGAUGGUCCUGGCCGCGUGCAGCUCCUAUUUCAGGGCGAUGUUCAUGAGCGGCCUCAGCGAGAGCAAGCAGACCCACGUCCACCUGAGGAACGUGGACCCUGCCACGCUGAAGAUCAUCAUCGCCUACGCCUACACUGGCCACCUGGCCAUCUGCGACAGCACUGUGGAGCCGCUCUACGAGACCGCCUGCUUCUUACAGGUCGAAGACGUCUUGCUGCAGUGCAGAGACUACCUGGUGAAGAAGAUCAAUGCCGAGAACUGCGUCCGCAUGCUGAGCAUUGGCGACCUCUUCAGCUGCAGCGAGUUAAAGCAGAGCGCCAAGCGGAUGGUGGAGCACAAGUUCCCCAGAGUUUACCGACAGGAUGCCUUCCUGCAGCUCUCCCACGAGCUGCUCAUAGACAUCCUGAGCAGCGACAACCUCAACGUGGAGAAGGAGGAGACAGUGCGCGAGGCGGCCAUGCUGUGGUUGGAAUAUAACAUGGAGGCACGGUCACAGCACCUGUCCUCUGUUCUGAGCCAGAUCCGCAUCGACGCACUGUCGGAGGUGACUCAGCGCGCCUGGUUCCAGGGUCUGCCGCCCAACGACAAGUCUGUGGUGGUGCAGGGCCUCUAUAAGUCCAUGCCCAAGUUCUUCAAGCCUCGUUUAGGCAUGACCAAAGAGGAGAUGCUCAUAUUCAUGGAGGCCAUGUCAGAGACCCAAGCCGAGACCUGCUUCAUCCAACCGUCUGUGCCUACGACGAUAGUGUGUUACAGCCCACAGGCCGAGAAGGUGUACAAGCUGUGCAACCCCCCAGGAGACCCGCAGAAGGUGGGGACCCUGGUUACCCCAGACAACGACAUCUAUAUUGCUGGUGGUCAGAUCCCUCUCAAAAACUCAAUCGCCAACCACGGCAGGAGCGGAAAAUUACAGGCCGUGUUUCGCUCGGUGGAUAGCUUUUUCUGGUUUGAUGCCCAGCAGAACGCCUGGGUGCCAAAAACCCCCAUGCUCUGUGCCCGCAUCAAGCCGUCGCUGGUCUACUGCGACGGCUACAUCUAUGCAAUCGGUGGCGACAACGUGGGAGGAGAGCUGAACAAGCGCACGGUGGAGCGUUACGACUGCGAGAAGGACGAGUGGACCAUGAUGAGCCCGUUGCCCUUCGCCUGGAACUGGAGCACCUCGGUGGUGGCGCACGACUGCAUCUAUGUGAUGACCCAUGACCUGAUGUACUGCUACUUCCCUCGGGCAGACACCUGGGUGGAGAUGGCAAUGCGCAAGACGAGUCGCUGCUUUGCCUCCGCUGCCGCCUUUGGUGACCUCAUCUUCUACAUCGGCGGUCUUCAUGUGGUCAGCAACUCCGGCAUACGCAUGCCGACCAGCACCAUCGACGGCUCUUCAGUCACCGUGGAGAUCUACGAUGUCGGCAAGAACGAGUGGCGCCUGGCAGCCAACAUCCCGGCCAAGCGCUACUCGGACCCCUGCGUGCGGGCCGUGGUGCUGCUCAACUCGCUCUGCAUCUUCAUGAGAGAGACCCACAUGAAUGAGCGAGCCAAGUAUGCCAUCUACCAGUAUGACAUGGAGCUGGACCGCUGGUUCCUGCGGCAGCCCGUCUCCGAGCGGGUCCUCUGGGAUCUGGGAAAGGACUUCCGCUGCGCCGUAGGAAAACUUUACCCCUCCUGUUUGGAGGAGUCUCCAUGGAAACCGCCGACAUACCUCUUCUCACCUGACGGAGGCGAGGAGUUCGAGGUGGACGGUGAGCUGGUGACCCUCCCCCACGUAUAGCUCCCAUCUCCCCCCUCCAAGACGUGGCGAGUCUAACACUGAGGGGUGAACAUAAGGGAGGGGGGAGGGGCUACUGUAGCGUUAAAGGGUCUGAGGUGAGGUCUCUGGAGGGAUCGCAGGACUCAUGAAAACACAUUUGGAGCAAAUCGAUGCCCCUCAGAUAAAAACACGUAACCCGACCCAUUCUUUUGGUUCUGUUUUUGUUUUAUUUUGUCGGUGGUGACAUCUGUUAGAUUUUAUGUCGGUCAUACUGUUUCUACAAUGUGAUAAUCUCAAUCUAAUUUUGUGAUGAGGAGGAUGAUGAUGCACUUAACUGGUAAACCUUCUGGUUAACGAUAAUGGAAACUGUACCAAAAUCUCUUGUGUCCUCUCCUCUAGUGUCCUCUCCUAGUCUCCUGUCCUCUCCUCUCGUGUCCUGUCCUGUCAUCUCCUGUCCUCUCCUCGUGUCCUAUCCUCUCCUGUCAAGAAAUACUCCACAGAAAAUCAAAGAUCACUCAAACUGGAUAAGGAAUUAAAAUUUAUUUAAGGGACUUCCUGUUGAAAGACUUGAGUUUUGAUAAAUAUUUAUGCAGCUUUAAUUAAAUAAAGUUUGGAAAGGAUGGAUCUGUGGAGUUGAACUCCUUCAGGUUUAUCAUCAAAGACAAUAAAUUGGUUUGUUUUUCGGCUCUGA